GCCGCCGCCGCCGCCCGGGCCCGAACUCCGACGCGUGGUGGCCUAGAGUCCUGGGGAGCUUCUGUCCACCUGUCCUACCGAGGAGUCUUUCCCAGCUGGCUGCCCCAGGAUGGGCGAGUUCAACGAGAAGGCAACAUGUGGCACCGUCUGCCUCAAGUACCUGCUGUUUACCUACAACUGCUGCUUCUGGCUGGCCGGCCUGGCCGUCAUGGCAGUGGGAAUCUGGACGCUGGCCCUCAAGAGUGACUACAUCAGCCUGCUGGCCUCGGGCACCUACCUGGCCACGGCCUACAUCCUGGUGGUGGCGGGUGCUGUCGUCAUGGUGACCGGGGUCCUGGGCUGCUGUGCUACCUUCAAGGAGCGGCGGAACCUGCUGCGCCUGUACUUCAUCCUGCUCCUCCUCAUCUUUCUGCUGGAGAUCAUCGCUGGUGUCCUCGCCUACGCCUACUACCAGCAGCUGAACACGGAGCUCAAGGAGAACCUGAAGGACACCAUGACCAAGCGCUACCACCAGCCGGGCCACGAGGGCGUGACCAACGCUGUGGACCAGCUGCAGCAGGAGUUCCACUGCUGUGGGAGCAACAACUCACAGGACUGGCGGGACAGCGAGUGGAUCCGCUCAGGGGAGGCCGGCGGCCGUGUGGUCCCCGACAGCUGCUGCAAGACGGUGGUGCCUGGCUGUGGGCAGCGGGACCACGCCUCCAACAUCUACAAGGUGGAGGGCGGCUGCAUCACCAAGCUGGAGACCUUCAUCCAGGAGCACCUGAGGGUCAUUGGGGCUGUGGGCGUUGGCAUCGCCUGUGUGCAGGUCUUCGGGAUGAUCUUCACCUGCUGCCUAUACAGGAGCCUCAAGCUGGAGCACUACUGACCCUGCCGCGGGCUCAGCCACGCUCGAAGUGCCCUGCUGCUGCCGCCGCACCCAACUACUGAGCUGAGACUACUGCACCAGGGCUGGGCUCCCAAUGCCUCCCACCCUGUGCCAUCGCCAGGGCCUCUGGGGACCCAAACCCCGGAGGCAGCUUCAAGUGCCUUUUGCUGCACACCAAAGUCUGGAGGCCUGAGCCCAGUGGCAAGGGCACUGGCUGGCUGUGAUGGUAUGGGGAGUGGGGUGUUUCCUGGGGCUCCCUGGACACACUCCCUGCCUGGUGGUCAGGAGCAGGCUGGAAGGGGCCUUGCUGAGUGGGGCAGGGCUGGGUGUUCCCAGCAGGUAGAGGCUCUUCAGGUACUGGGGCUUUGCCUUGCAGCCACGUGGCCCCCUCCCAGUCUGGGGAAACCGACUGACCCUUGGGCCUGCACCUCUGCCCCUCCGACCCUCAACAGCCAGACCCUCUGCGGUCUUUCCCUCCACUGACACCCCCAACCGAGAUGCUGUGUGGUCACUACCUGUCUGUGUGCCUGUGGGGCAGGGCUUAUUCACUGCUGUAUCCCAGAUGCCUGCAACUGUCCCUGCCACAUACAGGUGCUCAAUAAACACUUGUGGAACAGA